UAUAAAUACCAGAUACUCGACGUUCUUGGGCAGUUAGUUAUAAACUGCGACUUGUAGAGGCCACAUCGUCGGAUCAAGCCAACUAUUACCACUUCCUCCCAACUGAGGCUCAAGAUUGUGAUACAAAAAAAAAACAUGCUACGGCUGUGGGCCUGCCUGCUCCUCCUGGGAUCCAUCCAGGCGGUACCUUUCUACGGCGAUUCGAGUUCUGAUGAGGUUGAUGAUUUUGGUGCCUCAGGGGAAUCCUCUCACGAAUCCUCUGACAAAUCCAGCUUUAUGCCACAUUUAACCCACCCAUUGCCGAUGCAUCGUAAUCUCUUUGCGCCACUUGCACCGCUCGCGCCCCAAGAUCCAAUGCAUGUCCAGGCUUCCCAACGGAUGGCGAGCGUCUGGAACGGACCCGCCCCGCUGGCCCCACAGCUUCAUUCAUCAUCUCAACUGUUGCCACUAUUCAGCAGCGGAUUCGACACUGAGUUCGUGCCCCUGGAGCAUCAGCAGCCGCCGCAGGGACGCCAGGAACCGGGAGCCAACGUUCCCGUCCAGACAACAGGCGGUGUGGAACAGAAGCCUUUCAAUGUGGACACCAUAACCACGGAUGUGAAUGCACCAAAUCCGGCCAUAUUCUUCCAGCAGUCAUUCCCCUUCUUUGGCAAUGAGUUCUUCAAUUCCUUUGGCGGCUUCGGCUUCGGUGCUGCCCAGGAACCCUGGUGGAAGGGCCCCAAUGUCUGCACCGAAAAAGAGGAAGACGAGACCGUGGCCACCGAGACGGAAGGUGAAGAAACCGUAGACACCUUUGGCCAGGAACGUGAUGGUGUUACCAACGUUGUGCGUUCACCACUCUUUGGUCAGUUCCAGUUCAGCGUGAACUCCUGCGCGGAGAAGCCAAACAAGCACGUCUGCACCAAGAUCGUAAACCAAAACGGCAAGAAGAAAACGCUGACGCUGACCCGUCAGUGCUGCUAUGGAUAUGGACGCCCCAGGAACGCUGACUUCACAACGCCCUGCGAGAAGAUCGACAUCAAGGAUGUGGAGGCCACGGCCAGUGAUAUGGGUGCCAAGCAGUUCCUCGAGAGCGCUCGCACUGCCGGCGAGUUGGCUGAGAUGUUGGGUGGAGGCAGUGGCAAGAAGGUAACCCUCUUCGUGCCCAACGACGCCGCCUUCCAAGAGUAUCGCGGUCACCACCAGCAGGAGAAUAAUGUCGAAGAUUCCAAAUCCGAGGCUUCCAAGCCUUCCGUCUACAAACUGCACGCCGUUCUCGGCGAAGUUCAACUGGAGGAUGUGCCCAACGAGCAGCUUCUGCAGACUGAGUUGCCCAACCAGAAGAUUCGUAUCAACAGCUAUCAGCUACCGGCGGCUUUGGGUCUGGAACCCUAUCGUUAUGCCGCUAACUGUGUGCCCAUUGAGAAGCACGACAAGCUCUCGGAGCAAGCCCUCGUCCAUACUCUGGGCGGAGUUCUCAAGCCACUGACCAAGAACAUCAUGGACAUCAUCAGGGAGCGAGCGGAUAUGUCCAUUAUGCGCACUGUCCUGGAGAAGACCAACCUGAGUGCCAUGCUGGAGGAUGACAAGCCAGUAACCAUCUUUGUGCCCACCGACGCCGCCUUCGACAAGCUGGAACCUCAUCUGCGUCGUGCCCUCAAGGAGGGUCGUGGUUGUGCCUCAAACAUCCUGAAGAACCACUUACUAGACCUCACUUUCUGCUCGGUGGCCACUGUUCCGGGAGCCAAGACGACCGCUUACAACCUGCUGGGAGAGCCCCUACUGCUUAACCGCACCCGCCUGGCUGCAAAUCAGACUGGACCUGCUCCCAUCUACAUCAAUAACCUGGCCAAAAUCAUUGAUGCCGAUAUUAUGGGAACCAAUGGUGUCCUCCAUGUGAUCGACACUAUCCUGCCCACCGAGUCUGCUUUGCCCAUGACCUUGUUGAUGUCAAAGAAGAAUCUAACCAUCUUCCAGAAAUUGCUGGAGGCAUCUGGCUAUGAGGAUCAGUUCGAUGAUCUGGAUAACGUGACUAUUUUCGCACCCACCGACAAGGCCCUUCAAAAUACUGAGUGGGCUCGCAUGCUCAAGGAACAGCCCCAGUUAUUGGAUCAUAAUCUGGAUCUGCUGGAGUUCCUUAACUACCAUGUGGUAAAGCCCAUGAUUAAGACUUGUGAUCUGUCAGAGAAAUCUCUGCCCACCGUAGCUGGAGCCAGUGUGCGACUCAAUCUCUACUCCACACAUGCCCUCUUCUCGGAUGUGAUGAACCGGGCUACGGUCAACUGUGCCCGCUUGGUUCACUUUGACGACGAGAGCUGUGGUUCCGUCCUCCACCAGGUGGAUCGCGCCCUGGCACCGCCAAAGAAUAACAUGCUCAAGCUGCUGGAGGCAAAUCCCAACUACAGCAAGUUCCUGGAACUCGUUCGCAAGGCCAAUCUCACUCAGCUGCUGUCCAAUGAUUCAAGGAGCCUUACCCUGUUGGUGCCCAAAAACGAUGUCUUUGAGGAACUGGUCGAAUCCGGUGAAGGAUCAAAGCCCACCGAUCCCAUGGCCCUGGUCAAAACGCAUAUCGUUGAGGAUGUCGUCUGCUGUGCUGGCAUCAUUCCCACCAACUGGCCAUUUGUUCGCUCCAUUGAGUCCAUCUCCGGUCAGCAUCUGCGUAUCACACGCGAUCGUCGUCCCAAGAUCGAGAACGCCGGUGUCACCAAGUGCGAUGUUGUGGCCACCAAUGGCAUUCUUCACGAGAUCAACGACAUCAUCGUUCCCCGCCCUCAGCGCCAGCAGCAGCGACCCCAGCUGAUCCCACCCGGCGCUGGUUAUCAGCCGCAGGGCGACUUUGAUGUCUUCUUCUGAGCGGUGCUCGUCCCUAUCUCAUGCAUAUAAUAUAUACAAAGCAUAUAUUUAUAUUUACUCUUAACGAUUUGUCAAUUGAUUGGAAGCCAGAAUUUUAUCUGAUAAAAAAAUAAAUAGUAUUA